UGUCAAGAGCUUUUCCGCUUCCUAUGCGCAAUCUCUUUUUGACACAUCUGCUUGUUGGAUACGUAAAUCAAAAUGCAGUUGUUCUUCCGCGGACAAUCCACCCACGUGCUUGAAUGCCAGGGAAAUGAAACAAUUGGAGACAUUAAAGCCCGCAUUGCUGGUCUCGAGGGCUUGGAAGUCUCCGAAAUCAGAUUGUACGCUGCCGGUGCCCCAGUUGAUGAUGAAUGCUUAGCCAGUGCUUUUGAAACCACUGAUGUAGAAAUUACUGUGGGACUUCCUGGUGGUAAAGUGCACGGAUCUUUGGCUCGUGCUGGUAAGGUAAAGGGACAGACCCCAAAAGUUGAGAAGCAAGAAAAGAAAAAGAAGAAGACCGGCCGUGCUAAGAGGCGUAUUCAAUACAACAGAAGAUUCGUAAAUGUUGUGGCUCCUUUCGGACGUAGGCGCGGACCAAACUCAAACUCUGGUGCUGCCUCAUAAAUAUAUUUUGCAACUAUGACAUCUGUUGCUUUAAUAUAAGUUUAAUAUGUGUAA